AUGGCUAACGUAGCCACUGUGGAUAUGGAAGAGGGUGAUAUAAAGGAAAGUGAAACAACAAGUAGUGAUAUUGGAAAUUCUCGUUUACUCCAAGAAUAUGAAGCAUUCUCAGCAAUGAUUAAUACAAUGAGCGAAAGUCAAACUAAUCCAAAUGGUGAUGAAACGUCCGAUGAGGAUUCACCAUCGAAUGGUAGUGGUCAGUCCGACAGCCCUGAACAACAUGUUGUCAGUAAUAGCGACAAGGAGAUAGAAGGUUCUGAACAAAAACAUGAAAAAAUAGGUGCUGCUCAUAACGAGAAUUUAGUAGAAAAUAGUGAUGCUACUAAAAGCACUAAAGUACCUCAUGAUUCUCGCUCAGAAUCCCGUUCUUCUUCACGAUCUCGACAUUCUAAACGAAAACGAUCUCGUUCGAGAAAACAUCACUCAUCAAGUUCGAAAAGACAUCAUACAAGUUCAAGAAGAAGAAAAUCAUCAUCUGAUCGACACAGAAAAUCAUCAUCUAGUUAUCGUCAUAAAAAAUCUCGAUCUCGAUCCCGAUCCCGUAGCCGUAAUCAUUAUUCAUCGUCAAAAGGAAAUAGAUCUCGAGAUCGUUCAAGAUCCUCACGAGAUCGAAAACGAAGACGUGAUUCACCAAGAAAACGCUCACGUUCACCACAAAAGAAAAAUAAAUCUCCUUUUCAUCGACCAAGUCCAGUCAGAACGUAUCCAACAAAUCGAAAGGGAAGAAGACAAACACCAACACGUCAAACAUCAUCUAAUAUCAAUGAUCGUCAAACACGAAUGUACGCUAUUCAAUCCCAGGCAGAAGAAGAACGAAAGAAACUUCAAGAUGAAACAAUGAAAAAAUUAAAAGAUAUGGCCGCGAAUGGUACAUUAGAUUUGACACAAAUAUCUUUACAAGAUUUAAUGAAAACCAUUGAUGUACCAAAAGAAUAUCGUAAAAAUCAACAGACUAUUAUGAGUUAUCAAAUGGAACAAGUUCGAAAAAAUAUUGCAGAAUUAACAGGUAUACAAAUACCUAAUUUUUACAGUGCCGGCACGAUCAAUCCAUUAGUUUAUGCUGAACAACAGCGAAAACGAAAAUUAUUAUGGUCAAAAGCAAAAGAAAAUGAAAAUACGGCCACAAGUAAAGUCGGUGCAGCGAUGACAGAAGGGCAAGAUGAAAAAACGGCUGAAAAAUUUCGUAAAUUGAUGGGUUUAAAAUCAGAUGACUCAGUACAAUCGACGACAAGUAGCGAUACGAAUGCCAUUAAACAAAUGCAACAACGUACAUUUGAUUCAUUAGACAAAGAAUAUCAAGUAGCACGUGUUGCCACUCAUAUUCAUAAAGGAGUUGGUCUUGGAUUUUUUUCACAAGGACCUAUUGUUACUCCUUCAACAUCAACAUCGACACAAGAGAAAAACUAA